AUGCCGCCGCUAAAGUCGCUCAACGACAACAUUGCUACCUCUGCGAUUCUACCCAGAUGGCCCUGGGCUAUGUGCACGGACUAUGUGGAGCCGGUGUGCCGUGGUUGUGUCAAUUACGAAGGUGCUGACAGGAUCGAAAAUGUAAUUGAACAUGCGCGAAACAUGAAAAGAGUUCAUGGAUUCCCAAUCAGUGAAGUCUCCACAACCCGACAGCAACAAAAAGAACUACCGCAACCAUCGACCACCACCGCAGGUCGAUUGAGUCCUCAGCGAGUUAUUCCUGUCCCACCUCAACCUCAUGUUCCUCAGUUGCCAUCUCAAUUGGCUCAGAUCACUGAUGUAUUGGCUCAGCAGCAAAGGCUCUUUUCGUUGGCAAGAGGCCAAGGAGCUGGCCUCUCCGUCGAGGAUAUCGCAAUGCUCCAACAACUACGAAAUCCUAUCAAUUCCCAAUUAUUGCAUCCUGCCGUUCAAAUGGGCUUCCAGUCUCAGCUAAUGAAUGGACUUCUACCGGCCGGUUUUAAUGCGGCAAUGGGCAGAAAGCGAGAACAUGACGAUGAUGUAAAACCUGAGCUUUUCGGCAAAGUUCAGAGAGGAGACGCACAAACAACGUCCGUUUCGCCCACGUCCACACACAGCCCUGACCAUCCGGACAUCAACGCCGAACGGCGACGGUUUACCACCACCGGGGAGCGCGUUCUUCGUUGCACAUUGUGCAACCAAAGGCUUGAAGACACACAUUUUGUCCAGUGUCCCAGCGUUCCAGCCCACAAGUUCUGCUUCCCAUGUUCCCGUAACUCCAUCAAAAAGCAAUGCACCGGACAAGAUCUCUAUUGCCCGUCCGGAGAAAAAUGCCCAUUGGUGAGCAGCGUGAUGCCAUGGGCGUUCAUGCAAAGCGAAAUUGCGACCAUACUGGGUGACGAAUACGAAGAAUUCAAGCGCCAAAGAGAAGCCGCUGGUCUCAGUGCUCCCGGAGUCAACACAUCGCAAGCACAACAGAAUUCACAGCAACCAGCUCAGCAAUCAUCACCGGCUUCAACGACCACCUCGAAUGCCUCGUCGUCAUCAGUCGCCACCACGCCGAAUAUGAUGGUCAACUAA